UACGUGGUGACGUGUACCGGAAGAGAAGUUUACCUUGUAGCAGCUGCUGAAGUGCUUUAAAUAAAAGCGUCUCGUAAGACGUUCAGUCUUUUCGGAUGUAUUGCAUUACUGGAGUUACGGAGAGAUAAAUACGUUUAUAUCAUUAUAACUUAAUGUGAAACACUGGUGUUAGUUCUGUUGUCGAAUCAGGUCUGAAGCUUGGAUUUACUGUGGACAGGGUUGGUCUCAGGAGAGUGAAGGUGUUUGUCCACCGAAGCAAUGGCCAGUCCUAAAGAUUUACAGUUCCAAGAGUUUGAAGAAGCAGCAGAACUGCUCUCCGCUGACCCCGGGGCGUCCACACUCAGCAUGUCUGCAAACGCCCCCUUUGCGACGGUCGGGGCAUCCACUGCAGGGGAGGACGUGAGGCUGGAUGUGUCUGAGGACGAGGAGGGACAGGAGGAGAGUUCCGAGCUCUUAGGAGAACAGAAACCAAGUGGUGGCUUCUGGACGUUUGAAUACUAUCAGUCUUUCUUUAAUGUGGACACGUUGCAGGUCCUGGACAGAGUCAAGGGGUCAGUGAUGCCAUUACCCGGAAGAAACUUCAUUAAACACUACCUCCGAAGUAACCCAGAUCUUUAUGGUCCCUUCUGGAUUUGCAUGACACUGGUGUUCUCGGUAGCAAUCAGUGGGAACUUGUCCACCUUCUUGCGUCAGAUGGGAAACUCCAGCUACCACUACAGACCACAGUUCCACAGAGUCACCAUAGCUGCAAUUGCGAUCUUCCUGUAUGCCUGGCUGGUGCCAGUUGGUUUGUGGGCUUUUCUGACCUGGAGGCAAGGGGCUGAGAGGCAGAUCGGAGGCUACUCCUUCCUAGAGACUGUGUGUGUUUAUGGCUACUCCCUCUUCAUCUUCAUCCCCACAUCAAUCUUGUGGAUCAUACCACUCGAAUGGCUGCAGUGGGCGCUGAUUGUGGUUGCCAUGGUGAUCUCUGGCUCUGUCUUGGUCCUGACCUUCUGGCCUGUUGUCCGUGAUGACAGCAAGGUGAUGGCUGUGGGCACAGUAAUGACCAUCCUAGUCUUGCAUGCCCUGCUGGCCAUUGGCUGUAAGCUCUACUUCUUUCAGACGCCAGUCCAGACUCCAUCAUCACCUCUGACCCCAACAGCCCCGGUGAAUUACACAAAUCUGACGGUCAAACCCCACUGACCAGUGGCUGCUGGCCUCUGAGUGGGCACCUUCUCAGGAGCCAUCGUUGUGACUGCGAUGAGGCUGUUUGUGAAUCUGUGUGAAAGAAACCGACACUGUCUGGUUCCCAGGGUUGGGUGGGUGCUUUGUUUUGUGACUUGAUGUGUGAAGGCGGUUAAAUGGGACUUCUCUGAAACACUGACUGAAUGAGUUCAGUCCACAGUAGGACUAAACGCACACCAUCAGCCAGUUCUUCCAGUAAUAACAGAUGAGGCAUCAUUUGAAGUGUUGGAAGUGGUUAACGUCAGUCUGAGGUGGAGAAACUCAAAUUCUCUGAUAGUUUCCUCCAAUUCAAUAACUUUACAGAAAGUCUGGUCAUUUCUGAAGCAGUGUUUUCUUCUUCUUCUUCUUGAUCCAUACAGAUUUCUUCUGUUUUAUGUUGUCAAAUUUCCAUGUUUCAGAUCAGCAAACAAAUGUCCAGAUUGGAUGAUUAUGUUAAAUUCAAAAUAGUAGUUGUAGUGCCACGAUAUGCAAUAACCACUUCAGUUUAAUGUUAAUAGUUAAAACACAAGUUGUUAUUAGAUAAUUAGUUUUUCACUUGGCUGUGGAGGAAUGUGACUGCUGUCCUGCUGCAAAAUCCAGGUCAGCUUGAACUUGAAGUCCUGGACCUUCCCCUUCAGGAUUUUCUGGUAGAGAGCAGAACUCAUGGUUCCAUCAGUCCAGAUCCUGAAGUAGCAAAGCAACCCCAGAUCACCUCACUAGCACCACCGUGUUUUGCUGUGGGCAUGCUCGUUUUCUGAAAGGCAGUGUUCAUUUUGCAGCAGACAUAACUGGUUGCACAUCUUCCCAAGUUGCACUUACAAAACACAUCAAGUUCAUCAUUUAAUUUAUAAUUGAAACAGAAUGUUUGCACCUACAAAACUAUUUAUUUCUUACUGUGAAUCUACUGAGGGGUUUGUUAAUAAACUCAAUGUUUACUCAUUUGUUUGUUUGUUUAUGAUUCAGUUGCUGAAAUCUGUUUGAACUUAAUCAGUUCACAAGGAUGUUCGUGUUUUAACUGAAGGUUUAACCAAGGAUAAAAACCAUACCUACAGUA